AAUGAGCCUCGUAGUUUUUACAUGUAUAUUGCGAUUGACCUAUUUACACGCUCAUGAUUGUAGUACACCGCCUAAGUAACUAUUUUUACGCGCAUAGCUGUGUUGUUGUUUACUCGGGUCCAGAACAUAGCUGUAAUGUUCUCACACGCAUGGCCAGACCCGCAGCUGCACACGCACACAGCGAUGCGUUCCGUUGUUUUGCAUUGAAACCGUCGCGUCGAGUCUUAUCGCGUGAUCUUUCAAUUCCCUUUUGCUCGACUUCUUUUCGCGGAGUUGAUGCAGUAGAAACUUCGAGACGAAGCCGCCCGCACACAUAGUUUGUACCGCCGCAGAAUCGAACCCCCCACUAUUCUUGUAAUAUAAUUGUACUAUAACCACCAAUAUUAAAUAAUCAAUAAAUAAUAAAUAAGCUCAAGAUAUAAACGAUUAUACAGUCCACUAAUUCAUAACCAUAACAAAAAUUGGUCCUUCGAGCCGGAUCUCCGCGUUUGAGUUUAUUUAUACAUAUACAUAUUGAGUGAUACCGUUACCCGCUGUUUGCCAUGAAGGCCCUAGUGCAUCGUCUAAUUCAGCAACGUGGGGCCUGCAAAUCCCAAUUAACUCGCGUGGCUGCGGAGGCUCAAGAGUUUGUACAGUCAUGUACUUCUGUGCAAACAUUAGAGCACAAGUUGGACCGACUUGUUGCAACUUUCAACCGCUUUAUGGAGCUGUCUGAAGAGCUGGUCCAAUAUAAUGAUGAAGAGGAAUACGUGGAUCCGGAUUUGGACAUCCCCGAAUAUGAGAAAAGGUUCUUUAGUGCGCAUAGUAUCUUCACUGAAGCCAUACGUAACCGGAGCAGUCACGAGACUGAGCACGACAACUCAAAUCUACUGCUAUCGACCACUGUGGAACGCUUAUUUGAGGGACAAACUCAACUUCUGGAGAGGAUUCGGGACUCAUCGGGAACCACAGAGCUGCAGUUCGAGAAAAUACGCAUUCCGACGUUUUCGGGCAGAUACGAGGAUUGGUGUCAGUUUAGUGACUUGUUCUUAGGCUCAGUCGACAAGAAGAGUAGUCUGUCCAAGUGCCAAAAGUUUCAUUAUUUGAAAUCCUAUCUGGAUGGUGAAGCGUUGUCUCUGAUAAAACAUAUUCCCGUAUCGGAUGCCAAUUACCAGGACGCAUGGGAGAGGCUCGAAAAUCGCUACAACAAGAAGUCACUGAUUGCUCGUUCGUUCAUUCAAAACUUUCUUUCGUUGCCAACCGCAAAGGGUUCAAACAUCGCCGAGUUGCGUAAGAUAGUCGACACCGCUGACGAAAGUAUACGUGGUCUACAUGCGCUGAGCUGCGACAGCCGCGAUGUGUGGCUAAUCCAUAUCUUGCUCUCAAAGUUAGACCCGGAAUGCAAGGAAGCGUGGGCCACCUCCAGUGAAUCGUGCAAGGAAAAUGUGACCAUAAAUGACCUGUUCGGCUUUGUCUUCGCCCGUUGCGAUGCACUUGAGUCUUGUCAAGAUCCAAAGCUAAUCCAGGAUACACACACGGUGCUGAAUAAACGUCGUGCAAUUUCUCAUCAUGUGGACGUGCCAAAUACGUCUGCUCGUGAUUGUGUAUAUUGUCACGAGCAACACAGCCUUUAUGCGUGCACUCAAUUCAAGGCUCUGGAUGUUGUGGACCGCCGCAAGUUCGCAAGGGAUGGUCAUUUGUGCUUCAAUUGUCUAAGCCGAUCUCAUCAAGUCAAGGAGUGUAAUUCCACAAACACGUGCCGUCUGUGUAAGCUGAGGCACCACACUCUUGUUCAUCCAGAGGACAUACGCUCUGUCACGGCUUCCGCUGAUGUCAAUAACUCCGCUGACUCACCCGUCCGCUCGUCCAGUUUCCCUGAUGACGCUGAUCCUGCCGUGGUCAGCCAUCAUACAUUGGAGAGGAAAUUCGUGGCCAAGAGUCAGGCCAUAUUGCCAACGAUUUUGGCCACUAUAGUCGACUCCUGGGGCAACGAGACCACCUGCAGGAUACUGUUGGAUACUGGUUCGACUAUAACGAUGGUCGCCGAAUCAUUUAUUCAACGAAUUGGUUUGCCGCGCACCCACGCUCGUAUACCAGUGGUUGGUCUAGGCGCAAAUCCUGCUGGGGUUACUAGAGGUCGCGCCACAUUCACGCUGCUCUCCCGCACAAGCUCGGCCUCAGUGGUGGUAACAGGUCUGAUUAUGAACACUUUAACAUCCUCGAUUCCAGCCCAGAGGAUCGAGUCUAACACACCGAUGUGGAAAAGGAUUAGUGAUCUACCCUUAGCGGACCCUACAUUUGGUAAACCAGGCGAAAUCGACGUGAUCUUAGGAGCUGAUCAGCUUUGGAACCUGUACACUGGACAACGCAAAGAGUUUGGUUCUGAAUAUCCUAUUGCACUUCAUACUAAUUUUGGUUGGGUCAUUACAGGCAGCUACCAUCUCAGUAGUGAUGCUCACAACCACGCACUAGCACAUCACGCGCACGAGGAUCUGGACACUUUGGUUCGAUCGUUCAUGGACAUGGAACGAGUUCAACCAAGUGACGCUACCAUUGAUGCUAGUGAUCCCGCUGAGCAACACUUCGUUCAUACGCACGCCCGCAGAAACGAUGGCGUGUACAUCGUCCAAUACCCGUUCAAGGAAUCUGCCCCUCCGAUGGGGUCCACACUGCCACAAGCACUACGACGCUUUUCUUCUCUCGAGCGGAAAUUUCGAAAAUUUCCUGCGCUCAAACAACAGUAUGUCGAGUUUAUGGAGGAUUAUAUACAACGAGGACACAUGGAGGUGAUUCCUUCUAGUACCGUAGAAAACGGUCCCGCCAAUCACAAUUACUUAGCACACCACGCAGUAUUUAAACCAGAUAGCACCACCACGAAAUGCCGAGUUGUAUUCGAUGGCUCUGGGGAGGACUGCAAUGGAUCUUCACUUAAUUCACGACUACACAUCGGACCACCUAUUCAAAGGGAUUUACUUGGAGUAUGUCUACGUUUCCGUCAGCAUCGCUAUGUGUUUUGUACGGACAUUGAGAAAAUGUUUAGAGGCAUCCUGGUUUCAGAAGAUCACAAGCAUUACCAACGGAUUGUCUGGCGAAAGGAGGAGACUGCUACACUCGAUCAUUAUCGAUUGCUGACCGUGACGUAUGGUUUAGCGUCUUCGCCGUUCUUGGCUGUUCGAGUCCUCAAGCAGAUCGCGCAAGAUCAUGCCGAUUUGUAUCCGAAGGCUGCUGCUGUGCUUGUACGAGACGCGUACGUGGAUGAUAUCCCUACUGGUUGCGAUAGUAUCGACGAUCUCAUUGCACUCAAAGAUGAAUUAAUUUUGCUAUUGAGCCAAGCUCAAUUUAAACUUCGAAAAUGGAGUUCAAACUGUUGGUCACUACUCAAAUCGCUGCCACAGGACAUUUGUGAGUAUCCACUUGAAGCCCUAGAGGGAAAGAGCCCAACUCAAUAUGUCAAGGUUCUUGGAAUACGCUGGGACCCGGCUGUGGACGAGCUUUCCUUCAAGUUGACCAUUCCCGACGCCACAGGGGUUCUGACAAAACGGAUUUUGCUGUCCGAGCUUGCCAAGAUCUACGAUCCACUGGGGUUGCUUGCCCCCACAACUGUAUUUCUAAAGGUUCUCUUUCAAGAUAGUUGGCUGAGCUCGGUCGACUGGAACGAACCACUACCCGCGCAGCUAUGCGCACGGUGGCAACAGUUUGUAGCUGAAGUUCAUUUACUGGAAAGCUGUCGCAUACCCCGCUAUCUAUCCUCGCCACUUCAAGCAACGGAGCUGCAUGGAUUCGCCGAUGCGUCAUCUCAUGCAUACGCCGCUGUCAUCUACAGUCGCGUGAGAGUCAAUAAUGACUACGCUGUAACACUGAUCGCCGCAAAAACCCGGGUGGCACCCAUCAAACCUAUCUCCAUCCCACGGCUCGAUACUUCGUGUUGGUCAGACUCCGAAAUUGUACUACAUUGGCUCUCAUCACCCCCACGGACUUGGAACACUUAUGUUUGUAAUCGCACGGCUGAGAUUCUAGAAGCUUGCCCACGUAGCUGCUGGCAACACAUUCGCACUGAGGACAAUCCCGCGGACUGUGCAUCACGCGGACUUUUACCAAAGGAUCUGGUAGAACAUCAACUGUGGUGGAAUGGACCACCGUGGCUUUCCCAAUCACAUCGCACUUGGCCACCUGUUAAGGCCAAGUUCGCACUGUCGACUGAGGACGCUGAGCGGAUGGAAGUAAAGGUCAAGCCCCAAGUUAGUCUACACAUUUCCAAUGAAGGAAAUGAUCUUAACUGUAUGAUCAACAAAGCUUCCUCCUGGUCACAUCUCUUGCGGACACUUAGCUAUUGCUUUCGGUUCGUACAUCGUCUUCGUUGCAAGGACCGCCUGUCAUCAUUUUUAUCGUCAUGGGAGCUUCAAUAUGCCCGCUCUAGGGUAAUCAAACAUGUCCAGAUGGAGUUCUUCCAAGUGGAGUACAGACAGCUGAGCACUGGACAAGCCCUUUCUCAAAAGUCCAAGUUGAUUCACUACACUCCAUUUGUUGACGACCAAGGAAUUCUGCGCGUAGGAGGACGCAUUGGAAACUCGAUGACAACCUAUGACGCAAAACAUCCCAUACUUCUUCCAAAGGAAUCACCAGUCGCUGUUUUAAUAGCUAGACACCAGCACGUCACAUCGUUACACGCUGGAGUCGAAUUUAUGUUUCACACGUUGAGACAGAAGUAUUGGAUCCUGGGAGCCCGUAACAUAGUCCGCAAAAUUGUAUUCAACUGCAAGAUAUGCUUCCUCCAGCGCAAAGGGACGAGUACACAACUCAUGGCUGAUCUUCCCGCCUUUCGCGUUCAGCCCACCCGCUGCUUUCUACAUUCUGGAUUGGAUUACGCUGGACCAGUUACCAUCAAGACAUCAGCAGGUCGGACACCGAAGUUUGGCAAAGCUUGGUUUGCCAUCUUUGUUUGUCUGUCCACCAAAGCAAUUCAUAUCGAGCUCGUCAGUGAUUUGACGACUCCUGCAUUUAUCGCCGCUUUCAAACGUUUUUGGUCUCGACGUGGCCCUAUAUCCGACUUGUACUCGGACAAUGGCACAACAUUCCAUGGAGCCAGAAAGGAACUAACGGAGAUGCAACGGAUAGCUGUAUCUCAAAGUCAAGACGAGGAAAUUGCUAAUUUUCUGACGAGUCAGGACAUCAACUGGCACUUCAUUCCGCCAUCUGCCCCGCACUUUGGAGGUCUUUGGGAAACAGGCGUACGAUCUAUCAAACUCCACCUUCGCCGAGUAAUUGGUAGCAGUGCGUUAACCUUCGAGGAAUAUUCAACAAUUUUAACUCAGAUUGAAGGGUUACUCAACUCUCGCCCACUGUGCGCGCCCAGCGAUCACAGCUUGGAUCCCCUUACCCCCGCUCAUUUUCUUACAGGUCAACCUCACAUGUCGGUGCCGGAGCCGUCCUUGUUAGACGUCAACAUUAACAGACUGCAGCGUUGGAGACAACUGCAAGCCAAGGUUCAAGGAUUCUGGAAACGUUGGAAUCUGGAAUACCUUACUUCCUUGCAACCUCGCACGAAAUGGCAGCAGGAGUCCAACGACAUAACCGUGGACACUCUUGUGGUACUGAAGGAGCCAAAUCAACCGCCUAGCAAGUGGCUGCUUGGGCGAAUCACCGAAGUUCAUCCUGGCCAAGACGAGAGGGUUCGAGUGGUCACCGUCAAAACCGCCCGAGGAGUGUACAAGAGGCCUAUUACCAAACUUGCUGUGCUUCCCUUGUUCUGAACAGUCGUUCAGGGGGGCCGGUAUGGUGAGAAAUGAGCCUCGUAGUUUUUACAUGUAUAUUGCGAUUGACCUAUUUACACGCUCAUGAUUGUAGUACACCGCCUAAGUAACUAUUUUUACGCGCAUAGCUGUGUUGUUGUUUACUCGGGUCCAGAACAUAGCUGUAAUGUUCUCACACGCAUGGCCAGACCCGCAGCUGCACACGCACACAGCGAUGCGUUCCGUUGUUUUGCAUUGAAACCGUCGCGUCGAGUCUUAUCGCGUGAUCUUUCAAUUCCCUUUUGCUCGACUUCUUUUCGCGGAGUUGAUGCAGUAGAAACUUCGAGACGAAGCCGCCCGCACACAUAGUUUGUACCGCCGCAGAAUCGAACCCCCCGCUAUUCUUGUAAUAUAAUUGUACUAUAACCACCAAUAUUAAAUAAUCAAUAAAUAAUAAAUAAGCUCAAGAUAUAAACGAUUAUACAGUCCACUAAUUCA